AUGGAAACAUGUGGCCGCCUUAGAUUGGGCUGGAACCUCUUCGGCACGGAGGGAAAGAUCCGCAAGUACGCGAAGAAGCGGAACGCUCACAUCAUUGGCGAGGGCCUCGUGGCCUUCCCCCCUUGCGACCCGCAGCCAUUCUGCGUCAUUUUGGAGGUCUUGAAAAAGAAGAUCUUCGGUGUCAACGAGGACUGCAUGGUCCCGCCGGAUGUGGCAGCGCUCGUGCUUCCGGCAGGGAAAGAGGCCCAUCCCCGGCGGCGCAGCCCCCGAUCGGCAGGCGACAGAGCCCGAGGGCACGACUUCCUGGGCUUGGCUCUUUAA